AUGGCGCCGGGCCGAGCCGGGCGAGCCGCGCGGAGCCGAGCCCCCGCCCCCGGCCGCCCGCCCGCCCUCGGCCGCCGCUCCCGCCGCCGCCGCUACCGAGGCUCGGGCCGCCGCCCCCGGGACUGGCCGGAUCCCAGCGGCCGCCGUUGCCGUGCCGGGGCAGGGGGGCGCUGGGCCACCCCGCGCCGCAUCCUGGACGCUGUCCUCCGCGCCGCGACCCGAGCAAGCCUAAGGAAGGGCGGAGAGCAGCUGUCCGCCCCACCGCGGGCGCCCCCACCCGCCGCCGCCGCGUGCGCACGCGCGGUCGGGGAGGGGCGGGCGCCGGGCGCAAAGGAUGACGUGAUGCUCUUUGGGCCCCGGGGGCCUGGGCUUCCAGAGCAGUCGCCGCAGUGUAGCCAGCGGCUGCCUCCGGAAUCCCGGGACUCCUGCCGCCCUCACGGGACUGCGAAGCCCUUUGGAAGAGUAGGGAAUGGUGUGCUCCGGGUCUGCUCUGGCAGGCAGCUAGCUAAGGACUACAGAAGGCAAUUGUCUUCCCCAAGGACUGAACCUGGACUCUCUCCUGGGUACUGUCUCCAGUAUUACUCUCAAGUACUGGAUCCCUUUGGGAGCAUGGCCGAGAGGUCACAACCAACGUCACUGGAAACCAUAGCAUCUGUUCCCUAAAUCUAAUCUACCUGAACAGCUGGAAGAAAACUCAGAGAGGGCAGCUUUACAAAGUCCAUCUGAUGUGAUGUUGCCUUAUCCUGCAUUCUUGCUUGAGACACAGACUGUGCAAGGGACUUGGAGAGCUAAACAGAGCAAGGAAAAGGAAGCUUGUUGAUGUUGGGUCCUGGUCAGGGAAGGCUUCCAGAGAUCCAGAUGGUCAACAGGAAAUUCUUACAUCAAAUACUUAACAUUGCCACAACAAAGAGUGGAAAAACCAUACGUUUAGGCAGCAUCAAGGAAUGCACUAAUACAGAAAGUGGGAAUGCCAGGUAUGGUGGAGCAAGCCCGUAAUCCCAGCAUUUGGGAGGCCAAGCAACAGGAUUAUAAAACAAAGCCAGUCUGACCAUACAGUACAGACCCCCAUCCCCUCCCAAAAAAGCAAACCAAGACAGUAUUAAAAGGGGUUGAAAACUGAAAACAGAGAGGGAUAAAAGGGUUGGGGCAAUAAGGGCUUCAAGUGCCAGGUAUAAAACUGCCCUUAGAAGGAGGGCAGACAGGGCUGGAAAGAUGGCUCAGUAGUUAAAAGCACUGGCUACUCUUGCAGAGGACCAA